UCUCCUUAACUAAUAUGUCAAUGUAUUAAAGACAAGGGCCAUGACAUAUGUACUUUUGUAGGAUUCGCCAUACUUAGAAUAAUACUGUAAUGGAACUCUUGUAUUUAAUUGAAUUCUUAAAACCUUGUAAAGAUAUACAUUGUGGACCAGUCGUCAAAUGCUUCUGUUCUUUGUGCAAAGGGAAUCUGUUGGCUGCUGAGAUUCCAAAGGCUAUGUCUGUCACAGCACCAAAAGCAUCUGGACCCAUUCAGCCACUUUCAGAUGCUUCCAAACUUCCUGCUGUUUGUCAUCGGCUAAACACAUAGAACAAACCAGCAGCCUCUAGAAGACCAGCGUUCUCGUGAUUAUGGAGGCCCCUCUGUCCUUUCUGUGACGGGAGCAAUGCUGACCUCAGUUUCCUGGACCCAUUCCGACUCAGGAGCCUUCACGUAAAUGGGUCCAGUCAUGCCUCCCAGUAAGAAGCCAGAAAGCUCAGGAAUUAGUGUCUCCAGUGGACUGAGUCAGUGUUACCGGGGCAGCGGUUUCUCCAAGGCCCUUCAGGAAGACGAUGACCUCGACUUUCCUCUGCCUGACAUCCGAUUAGAAGAGGGGGCCAUGGAAGAUGAAGAGCUGACCAACCUGAACUGGCUGCACGAGAGCAAGAACUUGCUGAAGAGCUUUGGGGAGUCGGUCCUCAGGAGUGUCAGCCCCGUCCAGGACCUGGACGAUGACACCCCCCCAUCCCCCGCCCACUCUGACAUGCCCUACGAUGCCAGGCAGAACCCUAACUGCAAACCCCCCUACUCCUUCAGCUGCCUCAUAUUUAUGGCCAUCGAGGACUCUCCGACCAAGCGCCUGCCAGUGAAGGAUAUCUACAACUGGAUCUUGGAACAUUUUCCGUAUUUUGCAAAUGCACCUACUGGGUGGAAAAACUCCGUGAGACACAAUUUGUCACUGAAUAAGUGUUUUAAGAAAGUGGACAAAGAGAGGAGUCAGAGUAUUGGGAAAGGGUCGUUGUGGUGCAUAGACCCAGAGUAUAGACAAAAUCUAAUUCAGGCUUUGAAAAAGACACCUUAUCACCCACACCCACACGUGUUCAAUACACCUCCCACCUGUCCUCAGGCAUAUCAAAGCACAUCAGGUCCACCCAUCUGGCCGGGCAGUACCUUCUUCAAGAGAAAUGGAGCCCUUCUCCAAGAUCCUGACAUUGAUGCUGCCAGUGCCAUGAUGCUUUUGAAUACUCCCCCUGAGAUACAAGCAGGUUUUCCUCCAGGAGUGAUCCAAAACGGAGCGCGGGUCCUGAGCCGAGGGCUGUUUCCUGGCGUGCGGCCACUGCCAAUCACUCCCAUUGGGGUGACGGCAGCCAUGAGGAAUGGCAUCACCAGCUGCCGGAUGCGGACUGAGAGCGAGCCGUCGUGUGGCUCCCCGGUGGUCAGCGGAGACCCCAAGGAGGAUCACAACUACAGCAGUGCCAAGUCCUCCAACGCCCGGAGCACCUCGCCCACCAGCGACUCCAUCUCCUCCUCGUCCUCCUCCUCCUCGGCCGACGACCACUAUGAGUUUGCCACCAAGGGGAGCCAGGAGGGCAGCGAGGGCAGCGAGGGGAGCUUCCGGAGCCGCGAGAGCCCCAGCGACACGGAGGAGGAUGACAGGAAGCACAGCCAGAAGGAGCCCAAGGAUUCUCUAGGGGACAGCGGGUAUGCAUCCCAGCACAAGAAGCGCCAGCACUUCGCCAAGGCCAGGAAGGUCCCCAGCGACACACUGCCCCUCAAAAAGAGACGCACCGAAAAGCCCCCCGAGAGCGACGACGAGGAGAUGAAAGAAGCAGCGGGGUCACUCCUGCACUUAGCAGGGAUCAGGUCCUGUUUGAAUAACAUCACCAAUCGGACGGCAAAGGGGCAGAAAGAGCAAAAGGAAACCACAAAAAAUUAAAAACAAGUCACUGAUUUGUUUUGAACUUACGGCCAUUUGGUUUCAGCAUGUCAGGAGAUUUCGAAUGAUUUGUGGCAAUAUCAGCGAUUUUUUUCUUUUUUCUUGUUUUUGGUUUGGUUUUCUUUCUUUUCUUUUCCUUUUAUUUUGUUUUAAUUUGCCCCCCUUCUUUGUUUUGGACCCUUAAGAAUUUUAUUUUUAAAGGAGAUUGAAGCCAUAGAACUCAUAUUGACACUCAGCUGUUUUACAAAAGCUUUUCAUUAUCUGAAGACAAAACCGAAAAAGCCAAAAUUACCAUUGCUUCCUCCAGCUUGUCAAAAACCUGUGGCUGAAUCCGCAGGGAUGUCAACGUCAAUACCACAGGAACACACAUUCGGCACCUAGAAGGCACGUGGGCAAAGUAAUCAUCGUUCAGGCCCAACCCUUAGGUUUAAAAAGUCAGGUUGUCCAUCCCAUUGGGUUCACUGAGGCACAUAAAGCAAUUGAGGAGAAGGAGGACCCCUCGUCCCCCUAGGAGCAGACCCAAGCCUGUGGCACCAGGCAUCUGAUGGUGCCAGGAAAGCCACUGGAACUGUCACACGGCAAGCACAGAGGGCCGGCCACCAGUCCUCCAUGCUUCUGAACCCUGAAGCCCGAUGACGUCUUACGAGGUGGACGUUGGACUGUUCACGCACAUCGGGCGUCAGUGACUCAUGGAGAAGAAAUGGGGUAAAUUUUUAGUGAUGUUGCUAAUCACUGAAUUCUGUUCUCUAUUAAAUUAAGAAAAUGUUCCAAAAGCCAUAAGCCUGAAGGUUGGCCCUGUGCACACACACAUACACACAGACACACACCACAACACACUACGCAUACACACACACACACACACACACACACACACAAGGAGAGAGAGAACACUGAUGUGGAGAACAAGCUGUGUCUUCUUAACUGCCCAAGUGAAAAGCAACCAAGUCCAGGAAAUUACAAUAGCUGUUAAGGAAAGGAAAUAAUGGUACAGAUCUUUUUCUGUCUAUCAAAACUAUUUGAUCCAAGUGGAAAAAAAAAACUAGAAAGCUACGGAACCUGCCAUUAGUAUUGUGGUGUAUUUUUAAGAUUAAAGGCACACUGAUGGACAAAAAAAAAGUAAAACAUGGCAAAAAAUAAAAUAACUCCUAUACUGCCCUCAAAAUGGAGUUUGCAAUUAAUGUCAGGAUUUAUCUUUGCAAAAAUCAAUGAUUUCCACAUUCAGCCAGUAUAGCCAGCAGUAAUUUCUGAUCCACAAUGCAUGGAUUCCUUUGAAGAAAAAAAAGAAAAAGAAAAAAAAUCACAAAAACAAACUUUUUUUAUUCAAAAGUAACAAAGUUCUUGUAAGGUAAAUAAUGUAUUUAGCAUGAAGCAUGAAUUAUUUUCAUAUAAAUAUAGAAAAUAGAGAAAAGGCUAUGCCUCUGAUUUUUAAGCCCUUAGGCUUAGAGGUUCUUUUGGUUUUCUUCUUUUUUCUUUCUUUUUCUUUGCUUCCUUUCUUUCCUUUUUGUUUUUGUUUUUUGUUUUUGUUUUUGUUUUUUUCGGGUUAUUUUGUUUUGGUUUUUUGAAGCAGGUGUUUAAGGUUUAACCUUCUUCAGGGACAAAUUCUGACUGUUGGGGAACUUACUCUGCAAUAUAAAAAUAUCUUCAUGCUCUGGUAGGGCUUGGAUGGUUGAACUCUGUACUGCCUUGUGUGCACUUCAGCCCCGACCCCCUCUGAUUCUCUGUUGAAAGUGUGUCCUUUCUCUCUGUCUGUACAUGUUUAACAUGACGCAAUAAUUUGAGGGCAAACUUAGUAGUGAGUGUGUAUGAUAGAAUCAAGAGAAUUAUGGGACGCUUACUUGAGAAAAUCAUUACCAUGAUUUGGUUCUAGGAAAAAGGCAGUGAAUAAUUAUGCAAAUUAGCCAGAAGAAGGGGAAAUGUGCUAAUGGGCCUUAUUGGGUGAGGGGACGAGAUGGGGUUCACGUGAAGGAGGAAGCGAUGCCGAGGUAGGAAAGGCCAGCCCCAGACGUCCUAUCGCCACAACGCCAUGUCGCGGUAGGAAGCAGGGGCCGGCCAUCGCUACCUUCAGCACACUGACCAACCUGGAAUUAAGACCACCUGGAUCGUGAGAGCUGAAUUUAGAAACCAGACAGUGUCGUGCAGCCCAGAAACUCCUGCUGUUACCUUUGCCUAAGAAAUUUUCUUUGGAGGGGGCGGGGGGGGUUCCAAAGAGAAAUCUCUAGAAGAAUAUGAUCUUCCAUCCAAGUGGAGGGAAACUUUAAAACACAGACACCCAGUACUGUGGCUCAGGAUACGAUGCGUGAGGAGAGGGAGGGAACAGAGAUGACCUUAACUUUUAAACAAGGGACUGCUAUGGGCCAAAGCCAAGCCCAUCUGCCAGGACCAGGUAGUGUCAGAAGCGCCAUCAGCCCGGACAGUGGGAACUAACUGGUGCAUUCCCCACACUUACCUUCCGGUGGGUUGCUGAUGAGAGAACCUGAAAAAACCUGCACCUCUACAACAGGUCGAAUUCAUGACCUGAAGCUGAAUACUUCCAGCAUAUUUGUUCAGGGUGUAGAUGGGAAUAAAAUAUCUUUGCAGUGCUCUGUUCCCUCCGUCUCCCCAGACAUCUGCCACCCUAAAAGCCAUCCACAGCUAUGGAGCCUGAGCGACACCUUGAUUUGUGUUGUCACCUGACCAAGCCUAAAGACCUCCAGCUCAGUGCCCCACCUUCAUCCCACUCCCCCGAUGAUAAAAUUCAGACCUCUCUCCUGAAAGGCAGAGGUUCAACAUUCAGGAAUGUUUCUGGCCAGGGACUUCUUCCAAUUAAAACCCCCACCGUGGGCUGUCUCCCCUCUUUUCAUUUUUCUAAAGGGGCAGAGGCCUCUUUUAGAAAAUAAUAAAAUGCAAUGUGUGUGAUUUACUUUUCUGAUCUCUCUGAGAAAUAGAGAAAUAUAAAAGUGUGUUCUUAACUCCAGAACCACUCUUUUUGCAUAAAUACCUCAUCGGGCAGCUUUCUAAGUGUGAUUUUCCUGAGUCUCCCUUCGUUGGAUCUGCCGGAAGACUUGUCGGGGAACCUUUAGUGAGGGUACUUCUUCCUAUUUUUCUUCUGUUUUUGGAGGCAUACACAUUAUGCAUAACCAAAACAAUGGCUCAAUUGUGUUUAACUUUGCAUUUUGAUUGUUGAGAACAAAAACAAGAAGUAUCAAUGUGUAUGUGGCUGUUUGUAGUGAAUUCAUUGCAGAAUGAGGUUGUCCGUGUCCUUAACAAGCCAAGGGGCAGGAGGCACCCUCUCUUAUCCCCUCCUCCAAGAGCAGUAGAGAAUUUAAGCACAAGCCUAUUUGUGAAAGAAUAUUUUGCUUAAGUGUCAUUCACUUUAGUCUUGGAAUUCCUUCCCAAACGUCAGGUGUUCUUUUAGCUUCCAAAGUAGCAUAUGUAUCCAUUAGUCUGACAGAUCGCCUGAACACCAUUAAGAGGUGUGGUGUUUUUGCUUUCAUUUCUCCUGCUGGGAGAAGUGGCGGUUCGUGUGUCAUUCCAGUAUCUCACAUACUCACACGGGGCAAGGGGGAGGGGGAAACGGGGAACUAUAGCAAUAUUUAAAGAUGCUUUGGAAACCAACCGUGAACACAUCAACGCCACGAUGUCUACGAUUACUUGCUAUUGGCCCUCGGACACAUUUAAGAGAAAAGAGACAGUCACUCUUUUUUUCUUAAAUGAUACACACAUAGACAGUUAUUUUUAUCCUAUUAUAAUUGUCUUUUAUCUUUAUCUAGUACUAUGUGGAAAGGGUUUGCAUCAUAGAUAUUUCCCAGCCUUACAAUAUACCAUAAGCUCCUACUUCCCUGCCCCUCUCUAAUCAGUAUUCUUUCAAGAGUUCUUUGGUGAAGCCAUCUAUCUGAAACUAAAAUGAACCAAACCCAUAUUUCACUGGUGGUUGGAGAAAACCAUGGCCAGAACGAUUGUGGCAGGUCUCAAUCUUGGGAGUUUUUAAGAAGGAAUGUGCCAGAGGCCUUUCCCAAGAACGGAGUUGAGUUUUGUUUUGUUUUGCAGAGGCAUUCAAUGUGUCUAGUGCUUGCUGGCCACAGCAGUUACUACCAGGAGCCUUCUGGGAGGGGCCGUUGUGUUGAAGGAGGCUCCUGCCUGAGGGACAGUAUCAGGCAGUGGAUUCUGUAGAGUGAGAACCAGGUGGACGCCUUCUGUGCCCAGCUCAGAGUCCUGCACCACGCCAGGACUGCCCAGGCCAAGGGCUACUGACGCAAGUUCCACUCAUUCCACUCUGUGUGGGGGGCCGUGCGCCUCUCCUGGAAGAGCUCUUGGAGAAGGAAUUGGAGUUACGUACAAGUGACCUAAAUGGGAAGCUUUUCUAGAUGAGACUGGAUUAAAUUCCAUGUGAUUUAUCUUUCCCUUUAAUUCAGGUUGGGACUCGUUUCUUUCUGGUGGAUCACAGCUGCCCAGAUGUUGCAAUUGAUUUUUAUGUUUCUGUAGAGAAGUAUUUUUCUUUCAUCUUCAGAAUUUUUUUUUUGCCACCAAAAGAAAACAUUGGAACUCUGUGUUUCCUCUUGAUUGUGACUUCCCAGUGUUGACAGUUAAGUCCUUAGUGUCGUAGGUCCCAGCCCACCAAUACUAUAUCAAACACUGUUAUGCACAUAAUGCAGCACUGUGAUCUAAUUUAAAUAAUACUUUUUUAUUAUUUAUACUACUAUAUAUAAUAUACAUCAACACUUUUGCUAUAUAACCUAAGUGAUAACCCUCUUUUAGUUACCUGCCAAACUCUGGACUUGGUUUAUAUUGCAGUUAACACAGUUACAAAGUUGUAAUGGUGUCUUUUUUUUCCUUUGUAACGGAAUGUGUAAAUCAAAGUAUAUACAUUGUGUGGUGUUCCUGUUUCUGGAGUUUCAUGAGGAUUUACACAUGGCAUUCAGUGUUCUGUAUAGGUCUGCCUACCUUUGUGAAUUCAUCUGUUAACCCCUCUUCCUUUGAGAGAGCACCGGCGAUGGUGGUUAACUCCUUGUGUUUUCCCUCUCUCCUACUGGUUAUUCUUGAAUUAAGCACAGACUCGUCAGCUCGGCUGCUUUAUCAUGAAUAAUGUGUGUGACCUUGCAGUUCUUCCACAGUUCAGCAAACAAGUGCUAGCUUCACUGACCAAAAAUUAAGGAAGGAAAACACAGUUUUUAAAACGAUCCAUCUUUUAACAGCCGAAACCGAUGUGUCUAUGGUGCUGCAUCUUGCUGUUGUACUUCUGAAAUCAGACCUGUGGGAACCAUCAUUUCUGACUUAACCGUGAGAUGCUCACGAGUACCCUUCCUGUUGUUUUGUUAGCAUUGAAAUCAAGACUAUUUAUUUGGAAUACAUACAACAGUGUUUUUCCACUGUAUUUCAUUUGCAAAAGUUGAGAACUGCCUUCUCUACCUUUUGCAAAAUAAUUGAUAUUCCAUAUUGGAUUCUCAAAGACUUCGAUAUGGUGAACCUAUUAAACCUAGAAAUUGUAUUCAUCCUUUCAUGACUGUGGCCUGAGUUCCCCAGCCCCUCUCCUCCUUUUUUUUAGAUGAGAUUUAGCACACUCUCGGUUAUUUAAACAUGCAACAUUUCUUGAGUAUGUAUGUUGAGGCCAUCUGAGCUCAUAGCUGAUUCAGUAACCAGUUUCAUGCUGUGUCAUUCACACUCACUACUUAAUACUGCCAUGGUGAAAAUGUGGAGGAAAAAUGUAUCCAUGUGUGUCUGGGAAGCAUAUACACUUGUACAUUUUUUAAUACUCUGAUUCUGUAACAUUUCUGAGUUUUGUUUUGUUUUACAGAAAAAAAAAAAAGUGAUAAAGCAAUCAGAAGACCAAGAGGUUUACUAUUGAUGCUUAGGGUCGUCUGACCUUGGCUGGCCAAUAGACGUACACGGCCAAAUUAAUUUACAAGAGUAAUAAUUUUUCAAAAGCCAAUUUUUUUUUCUGUAUUUUCUGUAUGAAACUGCCAAUAUCAUGAAUAGAAAGGGAGAACCAUAAAGGAGAAAGAACGUGAUGUUCUGUUAUGUUCGUGUGAACCUAAGGAAACAAUGUGGAGGCAGGCGCAAUCAGCCGAACUCUAGGGACUUGAUGGUGUUGCUUGGAAGGCAUCCAUACCUGCAUUUUGCAUUCUUCAUAUGUAAUCAUAUUGCCAAAGACAAACUAUUUCAUCAUUUAUUGUAAAUAACACUUUUCCCCAGACCUACCAUAAAGUUUCUGUGAUGUAUUGUCUUCCAGUUGCAAUAAAAAUUACUGAGUUGCAUCAAUUGAAGAAAAA